ACGACAGGACAGGAAACAGGAACCUACUUGUGGGAUUCCAACAUGAAAACAAGGAAAAAGAAAUCAUGCACAAGACAGAUCUUCUUCAUUACAGCCAUCCUUAUUAUGAUCGGGAUAACAAUGGCCUCAACAAUCACCAACCAAAAGAUUCCAUCAGAAAGAGUCCGGAGAGAAGAACCGGAAGCAAGAGAAGAACAAACGGAGGCAAAGCCCACAGGAAAAACACGCUUACUAGGAGAAAUCCUAGAGGAACAAGGACCAGAAGAACCAACGGAAGUACAAGGAGAACUAUCUCUCGGAACUCAAUCAGGUCCAGUUUUGAAAUUCUGUGUAAGAAUCCCUUUUCUUCAAGGAGGACAAAUCCGGAUUGAUAUAACUUUAGGGCCUAGAGCCAAAUACAAAUGGAUGAAAGGGACGUAUACAUAUGAAAAUAACACUCAAUCAUGGGAAUGUAAUGUAGACGACUUUGCAGUUUGGACACUAGAAAUUAGAGGGGAACAACCACUAACAUUUAGAAGUAAUCCAGACUUAGGGGAAGCUCACAUAUCCAAACAAGGCACCCUAAACCCUCUUAACCUUUACUCGUCUAGAAUUUGGAUGAAACAACUCAGACCAGAAAGACCAUCCCAAGAUAGGGAAGCAGGAGACGAUACUGUAGGAAGAGUUUGGGAGAUCCAAGCGGAUAGGGGAUUAGAACCCAUAAGCAUACAAAUGUCAUUCUUAGAAAGUGAUGUUGUCUUUCCUGAAAUCAGGAUAUGGCCAGAAAAAGUAGAAUUGCAGGAAGACUUGUCUUUAAAACUAAGCUGUGGUACACGGCUGAGUUUACCUGCAGAGGCCACAAUAUCCUGGAUUCGAGGAAAAGAAAAUCUAGGAAGCAUUACUUUUGGUUCACAGGUUGUCAUACAUCAAGGUAUUAUGGGUAAGAUAGAAUGGUCUGAUCAAACACUCAAAUUUAAGUCCAAAGCGCUAACACUUGCAGAUCAAGGUAACUAUGAAUGCUGUAUUUCCAUUCAGAAUAAAACUGCAUGUAAAUCAGCCAAGGUAACGGUUACACCUCACCCACGUAACAUCUCUUGCUCAGGACAAAGUUUCAUACCAUCAAGCCCUUUCCAAAUUAACCAUUUUCACUCAAAACCCCUUCUAAAAGAUGGGCAAUUUAUUACUAUACUGUGGCACUUUAAUCGGUCAGAGUGGAAAAUUUCCACACGAUACCACAGUGUAGGCCUCAUUUGGUGA